AUGGAGGUAUGGGAAGUGCUGGUGGUUAUUGUACUGCUGUCUGUUGGAGCUUUUAGCCUGGAGCUGGCGACCUAUAGCACCAAUACAACUCUCCAUUCAGUGGUCAUGAUCCGGAAGCUCCACAUGGUCUAUGUGGGGGGCAAUAAUGCCUUGAUACAAUUGGAUACUGACCUCAGACAUGUCAGCACCCUCAAGAUGGGUCCAUUUCCUUAUUCUCCCACUUGUGGACCCAGUGACACUUGUUCCGGUGGGACUCUUGAAGACAAUGAGUUUAAGAUACUUGAGGCUAUUCAGGGGAAAAAUUACCUCCUAGCCUGUGGGACCAGUCAUCAGGGUACCUGCACUCUGCACACAUUUAGUAAUAUCACCAACUAUGUUCACGUCGGGGGAGAUACUAAGGGCCAUUUUGUGGGCAGCCGCAAGUCAUCUAUUGUGCAUUAUCUGCCACUAGGACAGACUGAUUGCCUCUAUGUUUUUCAAGAGUAUGAUGGCAGAGAUUUGGCUUUUUCUCCUCAAGUGAUGUCCUUGAGGGUUUUAUCAACAGAGAAUACUCCAUAUACCAUGAAACUGCUUCGGAACACAACAUCCAGCUCAGAGUUCUCAGCUCUGGAUAUUUGGUCAGACUACAAGCAGAAAUAUUUCAUGCAGUUCGUGCACAGUUUUGAAUACAACAAACAGCUCUAUGUUGUCAUGAACCAGCAGAAGAAUAUAUCGCCGCAAGAUUCCAUCCGUAUCAAAAUUGGACGUUUGUGUUUGGGGCCAGAUCAGGAUGUCUUGCUACAGUCGUAUGUGGAGUUGGAGCUGGAAUGCAAGAAAGGAGAUACCUUGUACAACUAUGCUAGCUCAGCUUCCAUGAUGCAUGACACUUUAUUUAUCUCUGCCUCACGCCUCCAAGGUUCCAGUGCCAAGGAAGUUGAUCAGGCUGCAGGAAGUUUUGCUGGCUUGCCUACUUAUCAUGCGUAUACAUCCGUCAAUGUCAGAUGUUGCGGCUUUAUUUGGAUAAAUGUACUCUGUUCAACUCUCCUAACCCUAUUUCACUACAUUCUCUCAUAUGUGGGUAU